AUGUCUGAUUCAGAACUUGAUCCAGCUGAACUUGCUAUGAUGAAGGUGUUUUUUGCAAAGCAGGGCUUUGAACUAUGGUCAAAAAAAUUGUCAGCUGCCAAUAGUUUGCAUACUGCAAACCAAACAAGCACAAAUUCAACAUUCCUGCUGGUGACAAGAGAGAAACCUGUGGCUCAAGGCAUAGGCUCUUUGAAGGCUAAAUUGGCAGACUUGGCAUCAGGUUCCAUAUCAACACAUGGGCCGCAGCCUGCAACUUCAACAAAAUUGGCAGUUGUGACAGAACCAGCAACAAUGACAAAGGUAGUGACUGCAAAAAAACCAGCUGUUGUAACAAAGCCACUGGCAAAACCCACUGCUUGUCUCCUGGCUCCCAACUCCCUGUUCUGGCCAAGCCGUCCUACUUUGAUUGCUGUACCAUCCCCAAAGUCAAAGUCCACCAAGCUUCUCUGUCCAAGAUUGAGACUCAAGUAUAUGAAAAAGCCAAAGGGAACGGCAGGGAGGAAAGGCAAACACCAGUGGCCUGAGCCAAUGCAAAGCAUAUUUGGAACAACUAAUGCGGAGUAUCUUUUUAUUUACGCAAGUCCUCUAUCUUAUAUUAUUAAGCUUGAUACAACAACAUGCUUAACCAAGCAGGAAGGAGACAGUGUUAUGUGGGUCAUUCAGAAGACUUACAAGUUCCUCCCCAAGUUCAAGAUCUACAAAGGGGACUGGCCAGUUCAAGCAUUUUUACAAAUUAUCCUCAAGUCUUCCACCAACACACACCAAAAGCUCACCCAAAAUCUCACUGCUGACCCUGGUGCAAUGCCCAUUGAUGGGCAAAUGAUUGUCAACUUGGCCAAUUGUAUUGUGGACGCCAAUCUUGGUGAAGAAGAGGGUGUAGCCAAAGGCAACAAGACUAUGGUUACCAUUGCGGAUGAAUUGUUUGGGAUGGCCAACGGAAACUUCAAUUUGGUAUCUGAGCAUAAGUUUCACUUCAUUGCAUGUCAUCUAUCUAUUACUAAAUACAGAUAUGUUACUUUAGAGCCCCUUAGUGACCGCAGUGAUUCAGAUGACAAUGAAAUUGCCAACUUGCUCCCAACGCUGCUCCCAUUGGAGAUAUCAGGUUCAUCCUUGGGCUGUAGGCUUGCUCCUGGUUCCUUGGUUCCUCCAAUCACAACCUCCAUGGCUGGCCAGGCUUGCCAACCCAAUGACGCUUGGGCUCCCGCUCCUCUGCGCAGGGCUGCCCCGCCCAAUAGCCCCACCCCACCCGUAACAAAGCAAGUGAAGCCAAGGCCAAGACCACCGCCAGAGGACUCCAAACCUGAAUUGAUGCCGGACUUGGUGCCCCAAACAGAAGGCUCUGCCCCCCAGCCCAUGCCCGUGCACACUCCCACUCCCACUCCCACGCGCAUGUCCACACUGGAGCCUGGCUCCCAGCCCAACUCCCAACCUGGGCCAAAGCUGCCAAAAAAGCAAAAUAUCAUAGCGCUGACACUGGGAACUCAAUUGACAAGAGCUAGAACUGCAGCCCAGCCCAAGCCCAAGCCCAAGCCAGCCAAGUCCAAGUUGCAGCCGCCAACCAAGUCAAAGCCCAAGGACAAGACAAGGAGCAAGAAGGCACCAAUGCCCAAGCCCAAACCUAAUUCUGAGCCCAAGUCUGAAUCCACGCCCAAAAUUGACCUCAGCCCAUUGCCCAAGAAUGGGAAAAAGCGCAAGGUUGAGACAAAGGGCAAGGUUAUCCCAUCAGUGCCCACAGGGAAGGGGAUUGGAAAGAGAACUGCUGGCCCAAGGAUGGGCUCAGUUCAGUUGGAGACCGUGACAAAGCUGGCAUGUAAACAGAAGGCCGCAGUGGCCACAUCCUCUCAAACCAAGCUUUGUCAAGCACCCAAGACCAAACCCAAAUCCAAGUCGGAAUUGAGCCAGGCGUUGGCAUCCAAAUCCAACCCCCCUCAGCCAUCAUCUGAUGCAGAAGAAGCAGUGGAGUACAAGGAUGAGGACAAAGAAGAAAGUCAACCUGCGCCAAAGGGUAAGAAAAAGAAGCUCAACAAGCAGACAAAAGAGCCCAUAGUCAAGAACAAACAUAUCUAUAUAGUGCAGCCUGGCAAAGUCAGAGACCCUCCAACCACCGCAGCAGCCAUUUGUUCACAGUAUGAUGCUGCAUUCACGCACACAGCUGAGUUGUAUAUUACCAGUGCCCAACGCGCAAUUGGCGUCAAAGAUUGCAUUGCACAGCCCAUUAUCAGGUGGAUUCAAGCUUGA